AUGCCUCUGGACGAGGAAGGCGCUAAAUGGUCAUGCGAACCGUGCAUCCGUGGCCAUCGCUCCUCAAAAUGUCAGCAUUUUGAUCGAUUGAUGAUGAAGGUCCCCAAAGCGGGCCGUCCGCUUGCGAAAUGCCCUCAUCCGAAAGGCACAUGUAGCUGCCAGAAGUCUUAUGCAUUUAUGAUUCGCAUCCCAAAGGGCUCGACUUGUCUAUGUAGGCCGGUCUAUCAAGUGCCAGCGGAUGCAGCGGACCCUGCUCCAACCAUGAGUCCGGCUUCUAUUGCCCCGACGCCCUCCCCUGGUCCAGGAAAAAUCCAGAAGUCAUCCAGGAAACAAGUGAAAACAGCUCCAGAGAACAUCGCAAAAGCCCUUCAUUCAAUCCCGGAGUUCCACAACACGCAGACCAGUAAUGGAACGCCAAGCAAGAUGCCCCCGUACAUCGCCAAUUCCUCAAGCAGCCGGAGAAAUGGCGGUAGCAUACCAGGUGCUUUUGCGCCCCAAGGACUGACUGCCCUGGAGACCUCGAAAUCUCAAACUGGGAGUUGCUGCUCGCGGGCGCCACAGCCACCGUCGCAGGUGCCUCCACAAAGUUCUUGUUGUAAAGAGUCUGAUUCUCCUGUGAGGAACGGUCAGAGCGAAAGAGUUAAAAACGAGCGUCCCGCCCACUUAUACUCUCCCUCGCUAAAUGGGAAUUCUUAUAUAGCGGCGCCUACCCCCCAGCUUUCUCCAUGGCAAGACUUUCAUGCAGCCGGACAAAACCAUUACAUGCACCCCUUUACUCUGCAUCAACCUCAGAAUGGAACUCCUGCUUAUGGGCCCGAUUAUUUGUCCCGACCAAGGACCUCCUCAGACUUUUCCAACCACGGCAGCUCCAACAUUGGAUUCAAUCAAACGGCCUUGUCGCUGUCCAUUCCAAGUACGCCACACACAAAUCCAACGCCGGGGGCUUUCGAUAGUGACCCUAAUCAUGAUUGCACCUGUGGCGACAGCUGCCAAUGUCUGGGCUGUGCGUCCCAUCCCUUUAACAGCACUACGAGACAGCACGUGCAAGAGAUGGGUCUCUUAGUUGCCCUGGACGGUCAACAGACACUGGAAGGUUUCAAUGGUUUCCAAAGUGCGUCACUACGGGAGAACUAUCCGAGUGUACCGCGAGUAGAUUAUUCAUUCACGGAUUUCAAUCGCCCCGUGACGAAUGGUGCGAGCAAUGAUGCACCGCAUGUUGGAGUGCAGUCAUACGGCGAGAUGGGUACCAGGUCGAACAGCCUUAACAACGGUUAUUCAUCUCCACCGUCCGAGUAUGCGUCGGGGCAGCCGCUGAUGGAGCCUUCAGAGUAUUAUACUCUCGAAUAUCCAGUGGGACUGCCGCCGGCUUGCUCUGAUGUGACGGGCAGCUGCCAAUGUGGGAAUGACUGCUGCUGCGUUGGCUGCCUCACUCAUAGUGGUCAUAACGGCCUUUCUUUGGAAACGGCCAGUCCAGAAGCUAUGUCUCCCACUCCGGUAACUGCAGGUGAAGCAGGAAUCAACACGUCCCAGACCGAUGUUUUGAGCAACAACUCCGCCCCUUCUGCAACCCCUAUGCUGUAG